AUGACUCAAACUCCCUAGAAUCUCAGUCAAAUUGUUUAAACAGGUUAGAGCUAAAAAAACUUGUAAAUAGCCCCACCUCAAUCUAUUCAUUAGCCUUCUUCUACUACAGGAAAUAUGAAUAGUCACCAUACAUCUCCAUAAAAUAAUUAAUUUGGCCAGAGCUAAAGGAUCACUGGAGUCAGUAACUAAUCUAUUAGGUCUCCAGGAUAUAGAGAUAGCUAGAAUCUAAUAAAUGUGAAAACUACAAACCAAACAUAGCCAUCAAAAUAAUAAUUUACUGAAAUAUAGUUCCAACAUUCUCAUACUCAUCAAUAGCACUAGUAAUUUAUGAGGACAGCUAAAUCGAGAGAUUCGAAUUUAUCAGGGACUGAUCAUACCUAAUCAACAUCCUUAGGUUAAACAUUUUAGAGCUCUCACUUUACUCUUAAUAAUAUUUAAUCAUCACUUGUUCACAAAUCACCUUUUUACUCACCAAAGAAUGCUCAUGGUAGUAUUUAGUCUACUUUACUUCUUCAAAGUAAUCAAUAAAAUAAUCGUCCUCAAACAGCCCUCUCUGGAGGACAACAACACUCAAAUAAAAACGUAUCCAGUCAUAAGCCAAUAGGUACUAAGAAAAUGUAAUUAUAGGGAUUGGGUUCUAUAAAAUCCAAGACCAAAAUUCAUAAUGAGACAAUCGUAGAAUCAUCUUCUAGAAAUCUGAACUCUUCAUAAUCAAAGACAAAGCUUAUAACUAGUGAAUCUAAACCAUAUAAUCAAUUGACAUCAAUAAAUAAUUUAGAGUACUAAUCCGAAUAAAUUGACUCCAAGUAGUCAUAAUAAUCAUGCUGUCAUAAGGAGAAAUGCUAAUAGCCAAGCCUAAAAUCAGAGUGCAAUGAAUUAAAAUUAGAAUACAAAAAGUUAGCAAAAGCUCUUUAGGCAAGAUACCUUAACUCACUAAACUAACUAAACUAAUUUCCUCAAUCAUCAGAUGAGCUAAGCAUCACUAAAGUAGCCUUAAGAAAGUUUUAAAAGUAAUUUCGUUAACUUUAGAGAAUCUAUGAAAGAAGAUGUGCAAGCUAGAAUUCCGAAAAAAAACUGUUGAACAUUACUGCUUCUAAAAAUUUGAAAUAAAAUGACAAAUAAAACGUUCAGAUUUUAGAUAGUGAUAAAGCUACUUACAAGUAUUAUAUGAAUGAUUAUCAAGAAUCUAUUGAGGAAGAAGAAAAUGAUUACAGCUAGAGAAAAUCUACUUCUCCAAGCAAAAGAUUAGAAAUGAUAUAAAAUCAAAGAACGACCGGUAAUUUGUAAAAUUCAAAUUCUAAAAAACGACAGAGCUCAAAAGAAGAGUAAAAAUCUACAUAUCAAUCAUAAUAAUAUAAUACAACGAAAAGUCACUAAAAUCAGAGAAGUGAUCUAAAUUAUUCACAGACAUCAAAGAUUACUAAUAAAAAUACAGCAAUGACGACCACAAGAGAUACAGCUAUGCAUUCCCCUAAAGCAAAAUUUGGAAAUAAGGUAUCUCCAAGAUUAAAUAGGAGCUAAACACUCGAAGAAUAGCUGUGGUCAGCUACUGAAACUGGAAAUAUAGCUAUGAUUUCUCAUUUAGUUUUAAUGGGAGUUGAUCCUAAUUGUCAAAAUCAUUAAGAUGAUGAUUGGGCGGCUAUCCAUUAUGCAUCUCAUGAAGGACUAGAUUAAGUAGUAGAGCAUUUGAUAAGAAAAUUAGGGGCUAAUGUAAAUUAAUUGACCAAGAAUGGUAGAUCUGCUCUUCAUAUAGCCUGCACCUAACAGCAUAGAUCAGUUAUUGAAAGAUUAUUAUUAGCAGGUGCUAAUGCAAAUAUUAAAUCCAAAUAUGAUGGUAACACUCCUUUGCAUAUCUUAGGUAGAUUUUGUUCCACACCUGCAUAAUAAGAACUCAUUAAAUUACUUUUACCUUUCUGCUAAGAAAGUUUAGCUAUCGCCAAUAAAAAUGGUAUGAUGCCAUAUGAACUAUCCCCUUAUUAAAAUGUUAGAGAAAUGCUGAAAAAGAAAAAAUAAACGGAAAGCUCAAAAAUAGAAGAACUAGAGACAACAAUCAAAGAUAACAAAAAUUUAGGGAUCAAAAAGAUAAUAAUUCCUGGUAAGAAUUCAGUAAAGAGUAUCAGAGUUGAUAAUGUUGCAAAUCAAGAUGUAAAAGCCAUGUUUGAUCAAAUGAAUAUGGCUAUGAAAAAUUAAAGACCAGUUAAUUAGCCAAAAGGAGAACAUGAUAGUGAUGAUCUACUUUUUGAGAGUUAAUCAUCAUAAGUAAUGCAAUCUUUUGAAGCUUCAAUGAGAGGUGGCUAAGGGCCAUCUAAAUAGCGUUAAAUUAUAGAUAGUACCGGACAGUCAGAUCUUUGCAAUGUUUUUAAAUAAUCUUAGGAUGAAGAAUCUAUACAGAAAUAAUUGACCUUGGAACAAUUAUAAAACAAUCCUACUCCAAUUUUGAGCCCUAAAAAUCCUGGACCAAAGCUUGCCCAACUAAGAAAUAAUAAUGCUGUAACGAGUGCAACCAUAUUUAAUCCUGCGAGUGUAUUAAAGUAAUAAAAGCUUCUUAAUGAAAAAAGCAUUAGUCGAAGGUAGUUAAAAACAAACGUCUCUCAAAAAUCAGGAAUUGCCAUUACUGAAUUCAGUCCUUCUAAAAGUGAAUCCAAAAAAAUUGGGCCAGAUCAAUUUGUUGCCCAUUAACUCCUUGGUACAGGAUCUUUUGGCGAAGUAUAUUUAGUUGAAAAAAUUUCAAACAAGAAACUUUACGCAAUGAAAGUACUUUCAAAAUCAAAAAUAAGAUCUUAGAACCUCAUUAAAUAUGCUUUAACCGAGAGAAAUGUAAUGUCUGUAAUGUAGCAUCCAUUCAUUGUGAGAUUAAGAUAUGCUUUUCAAACUUAGGACAAACUUUUCCUUAUAUGCGAUUAUUGUCCUGGUGGAGAUUUAUCUUAGUAUCUCGAAAUCGAGAGAUAGUUUUCUGAGGAAAAAGCAAGAUUCUACAUCAUUGAAAUACUUUUAGCAAUAGAAGCUCUACAUGAGAGAGACAUCAUUUUUAGAGAUUUAAAACCAGAUAAUGUAGUUUUAGAUGAAGAAGGUCACGCUUUAUUAACAGAUUUUGGAUUAUCAAAAGAAGGAGUUCAUUACUAAAAUGGAGGUGCUAAAUCUUUCUGUGGUUCAUAUGCAUACCUUGCUCCAGAAAUGAUUAGAAAAGCUGGACAUGGUAAAGCAGUAGAUUGGUACUUGCUAGGAGUUGUAUUUUACGAAAUGCUUACAGGAAUGCCCCCGUACUAUGCUGAUGAAAAAGAGAUCUUAUUUCAAAAUAUUAUGAAUAACCAGCUUGAAAUUCCUCAACAUGUGAGUUAAGAAUGCCAAGAUUUACUCGAGAAACUUUUGAAUAAAAACCCAGUAAAGAGGCUUGGAAGUAAGCAUGGAGCAGAAGAAUUGAAGAGUCAUGAAUAUUUCAAAGAUGUUGAUUGGCAUUAGAUUUAUGAGAGGAAAGUUAAAGCUCCUGAGCCAUACCUAGCUGAAUAUGCUAAAUCUAUAAUUUAAGUUUCACCAUACAUGGCGGCUGGGCAUCCAUAAACAAGAGGAAAGGAUUGCAGAAGAGAUCAUCCAUAAUAUGUUUAAGGUUGGUCUUUCGCUGAAAGCAACAGCAAAAGAAAUAGCACCCAAGAAAGAAAUGCAUGGUAUGUUGGCUCUGUUGCAGGAUAGCAAGUUGAUUAGAAAUUAAAAGAAAGUUAGCUACAAGGAGGAUUAUGGAUGAGCCCUCCAUAGAUUAGUAUUCCUAAUGACACUGAAGAUAACUAAAUUGCAAUUUCAGACUAGUUAAAAACAGCUACUUAGUGA